GAGUGGCGAAAUUCUCCAGCUUUAAAUGAAUGCCUUUCUAUAAAUGAGUAAAUCAUUUUACAAGGCAUAUGGCAUCGAGACUCAUAUGUUUGGAUUACUGUUUUGUGUCGCUGGACGUUUUUAUUCCUUUUCUCUUCAUUCUUAGUUUUUAGGAAUCAGCUACCCAGGAAAAAUGAGUUUUACUCCUAUGAGCCACCAUCCGAGAACCCUUCCCCAGAAACAGAAUCUGUGUGUCUCCAACUUAAGUCGGGCGCUCAUCUCUGCAGGGUUUGUGGCUGUUUAGGCCCUAAAACGUGUUCCAGAUGCCACCAAGCACACUAUUGCAGUAAGGAGCAUCAGACGCUAGACUGGAGGUUGGGGCACAAGCAGGCUUGUACCCAAGAUCAUUUGGACCAUACAGUUCCAGACCACAACUUCCUUUUUCCUGAAUUCGAAAUUGUCAUAGAAACAGAGGAGGAGAUUGUGCCUGAAGUUGUGGAAAAGGAAGAAGACUUUGAGAUCACAGGAAGCAUGGAUGAAGCUCUUGAGGAAGAACUGGAUUCCAUGGCAAAGCAUGAAUCCAGGGAAGAUAACAUUUUCCAGAAGUUCAAAGCUCAGAUAGCCCUUGAACCAGAGCAGAUUCUCAGAUACGGCAGGGGUACUGAGCCCAUCUGGAUUUCUGGUGAAAACAUCCCUCAAGAGGAGGAUAUUCCCAACUGUCCCUGUGGUGCCAAGAGAAUAUUUGAAUUCCAGGUCAUGCCACAGCUCCUGAACCACCUCAAGGCAGACAGACUGGGCAAGAGUGUUGAUUGGGGCAUCCUGGCUGUCUUCACCUGCGCCGAGAACUGUAGCUUGGGCACUGGCUACACAGAAGAAUUUGUAUGGAAGCAGGAUGUAACAGAUACACCUUAAAGACAUCUUCAAGCCCUAAAAAAGUUUACUAACAUCUUACGGCCUUGCAAUUCCAUCUCUGAUUUUAUCCCUAAGAAAGUAACUGUACCAGAGAUGGAGGAACAAAGAUGUGGCUUGGGGCCUUGUUUAGUGUUAAAUAUUUCUAAAACAAUGUCCAGUAAUGGAAUUACGUGAAUUUGGGUACAUCCAAGUGAAAAGUUAUUAAUGAUACACACUUAACACGGAUACCAAAUGAGCGGGAGGUCUAAAUUAACACCAAGAGACCAUUAUAUCAUGAUAUGUGUUUUUGUAAAAAUAUUUAUACAUGUAUAUGUACAAAAAUAUAAAUUUGAAUAUAAAGCUGCACACCAACUAUGAACUGGUUUACCUAUGAACAGUGGGACUAAGUGAAAUAGUCUUUUUACUGUGUACUAUUCUUGUAUAAUAAAAUGGGUUUUGUGCCUUUUUAAGUCAAACCAUCUCACUCAGAGCACUUUUCCACCUGUAUUUGCAAAGGCAAAGAAAGUGUUAGGUAAAAUUCUAAUGGACUAUUGUUUGAGGACAGUACACAUUGAGAUACCCAGGAACUAAAGCAGCAACAGAGCCUGAAAGGAAAGUGGCACCAUCCAGGACUGACCUUUGUCAGCCAGGGGCCCUGCCUACAGAGAAGACAGACGCCAUAGUCUGUCUUCAUCAAGGAACUGGACAGAGUGCCUGCCUGCCAGGGAGCAGCCCAAGGCAAGCAAUGGUUGGCUUCAAAUGGGCCACGUUCUUUCUGGUCCAUCUGUAGACAAGUAGCCAAGGCUGGUUUCAUGCUCACAUGUGACAGAAAUACAAGCAAAGGGUAUUCUAUACACUGCUGCCUUUGGGCUGUAACCUGGUAUGACCUAUCAACACUAAGAAUGUAUAAAUGACCUUCAAGGUGGCAGUUCUCAUCUGAGAGUUUUGUCCAAAACAGCAGCACUCCCUGAAGCCCUGUGUAUAGCAGUGAGCUCUGGACACAACAGGAAUGACCAUGGUGCAACUAAUGCAGGUUGGAGAUGUGUUCAACAGACUGUAAAGGCACAAAACCAAACACAUACCUUAAUAUAUUUCUCCAAAAGUGGUAUCAUAGCACCCUCAAAGGACAGACUUGCAGAGGGCAAGGCUUGGAAUAUAGUUACCCCAGAGAAACAGGCAGAGGGGCAAGGAAGGGCAGACGUCUCUUUGAUUACAUUCCUUGAGCUGUGUGUGAUGUAUUUUUUACUAUACAUACUCUGGUUUACAAAAGGAAAAAAAAUACGUAAUGAAACCCAAGAACUUAUGUCCAUCUGAAAAGAACAAAUAAAAGCCUUUACUAGCUGGA